ACAGUUUACUUCGCAGAUUACACAACUUAACUUGUGAGGUUCCAAACAACGGAAAGUUUUCAAAAAUGCUUUUUAAACAAAUAAUUUGCCAUACGUAUAAUUUAAUUUGGAUAGGAUCCGUAUUGUUUAUUCCAGCAGAAUCUCGUAAAACCAAAGCACCAAAAUGGUAUUAUAAAAAGACCGAUACAGUUUUGCAAAAAGAAGAUGAGAUACUUCCAACAGGCAAACACACAGGGACCAUAUUUUUCUUACACGGUUUAGGAGGAACAGGUAAAUCAUUCAGGCAGACAUUCGAGUCGAUGAAAACAAUAGGAGGACUUCCAAUACCGCAUCCUUACUUAAAACUGGUAUUCUUGACCGCUCCUUAUGGGCCAUGCAAAGCAUUUCCUCAAGAAUUGAGGGUAUAUAGAUGGUACGAUAUUCCUAAAAUACAUAUUAACGCUUCGGAGAUCUUGUGGGACUACAUGGAGUACAUAAUCUGGGAACUGAAACAAUUUGCGCAGAAGGAAAACAACGAGGAUAUUCAUUGGUUUAGAAUUGGCAUGGGUGGAUUCUCGCAAGGUGCAAGUAUGGCGAUGAUCGCAGGCUACAGUUAUUUAUGGAAAAUGGGCGGAGUAUUCGCAUUAUCUGGUUAUAUCAAUUAUAAAAGUGGCCUAUGGGAGUCGAUUUUCCAGGAGAUGACUGUCCGAAAACGACACAGGUAUCCGAAAUUAUUCGGCUAUCAUGGUGUAAAAGACGAUAUGGUGCUUUAUGAAUGGGGUAAAUACACCUUUGACGAGCUCCAGAGUCGAGGUAUAGAAGGAGAAUUCCAUAGUGAUCCGGAACUUAGACAUAGGAUUUCGGUGAAUGAAGCGAAAGCGCUGUUUGAUUGGCUCAAUACGACUUUUCCGGCAGAAUUUCGUAGGCCGACACCGACUUGGACUUGGACUGGAUGGUAUCCUUGAAUUGGAUGGAAAUUCUGCAAGAAGAUAUACGAAUUGAGUGCCUACAAUUUCAAACGUGGAGGAUUCAAGAGGCAGAGAGUGACAGAAUAUAGAUAGAAAUUUUACUUCGAGAUAAGAUAGGAAUUUGAUUGACCAUUCAUAACAACCCAUUCAUUGAAAAAAUAGACUCGUCAUUCAUCUCUGUUAAAUCUAAAAUCAAAUUAUAAUUUUGGACUUGGUCGUAAUUUGUAAAAAUUGACAAUAAAGUU